AAGAGCCUGAACUAUCCAGGAGGAAUAAAAGUACAAAAUUUACUCGUGUUUUUUCCUGAUUGAGUGGAGACUGUGAGCAACAUCAAGAUAUCUGUGUACUGGAAUGCUUUUGCCAAAAUGGAAAAAGAGUGACUUUUUCUCCCGCCGAGGAGUGAAUGAAAAUAUCCGUUUAACUUGACUGAAGGGCAACAUGAGUUGUUCUGGGAUGGUCUUCUCAGCAUACAUCUACAAACAGUAGUGGGGACUUUGAAAGGUAACACUUAUUCCAAGGCAAGACUGCGGUCAUGUCAAACAACGAGCAGAGUCUGGAUGAGGAUGCAGUUUUCCUGCCAGUGGACGAGUCCUCCCCAGAGUUCCUCUAUUGUGAGAGGGAACGAGGAGCAGUGGAGAAGCUCCUGAGUGAGGGACCAGAGGCCUUCUACUCCUCACUUAUCAAAGAGCGCUCGGGCUGCUUCUUAUCAUCUGAAGAGGUCAGCCAGUUACCUAGGUGGGUUCAGAACUAUCAUUUUAAUGAGCCACAGGUACAACAGGAGAAUGGAGUGAAGAGCAUCUCAGAGAUCGAGGACUUUUGUUCCAGCUACUUUCCUUGCCACUCAGACCUGCCAGUCCCAGACCUGGAGUUGGGCUGGCCUGAAAAAUUCCCCCUGGUGGAAAUACCAAGUGUCACAGUCCACAUCAGCCCUCCUGCGGAAGGAGAACCGUCUGUCAGAGAGAUCAUCAGACGGCACUUACAAAAAGCCAGACAACUAAUUGCCAUUGUGACAGAUGGAUUGACAGAUGGUGCAAUAAUUGGAGAUUUACACGGUGCUGCCUCUCGGGGCGUCUCUGUCUACAUCAUCCUGAACCAAAGGUCCAUUCAGGAGAAGUUCUUGCUCAACAGGCUCCAGCAACAAAACAUACGGGUCCGAGUUAUUGGUGGGAGAAGUUUUGGUUUGAGGGAUGGAAGAAAGGUGGUUGGAGAAAUGAAAGAAAAAUUCCUUCUGCUGGAUUUAGAGACAGUGAUUCAUGGCAGCUACAGGUAA